AUGAAUAAGGAUUCCAGUGAACAUGACAGUGAUGGCGAUGAGUCCCAACGCCAAACAGAGACAUCUGCAUCCAAGGAGGAAGGAACAACUGAUGCCAAGCCGCCAUCCGAAGAGGUCCAAGAGGAAGAAACACCUGGAAGCCAGAACCCUGAAAACGCUCUGGAGGAAGAGAAUCAAGCAUCCUCUCAAAACCUCAUUGGUGUGGACACCAAUAAUCUCGAGUGCAGCACGGGAGCAACCGAAACUAAUGCUGAAAACAACACAACAAGAGACACCCGGAUCAAUCCAACUACUACUAAUAAUGGUGGGAUACAGGAUCACUCAAUUUUGGAUGUUGCUGUAGGAGGAAUAGAGCAAACAAGCGAGCCACCAAUCUUGAUUUUUGCCUGGUAG